AUGGGUUUGAAAACUUUAAUGUGGAUCCAAUACCACUUCAAGCCUCGACCCUCCGAUAUUUUCCUAGCCACGUCCCCGAAAACCGGCACCACUUGGCUCAAGGCACUCAUUUUUGCCACCGUCAACCGCUCUCGCUAUGGUUCCUCCGACCACCCUCUGCUCAACACAGGCCCUCACGAUUGCUUCCCUUUCUUGGAUACUUACGUAGACGGAAAUGAUAGGUCUUUACACGAACUCGAUGCAUUUCCCUCACCACGUCUCCUCGCAACCCAUCUCCCUUUCGGUUUGUUACCCAAUUCUAUGACAGAUGAUCGAAGCUGCAGGUUGGUUUACAUAUACAGGGACCCCAAAGAUGUGCUUGUUUCCAAAUGGCUGUUUAUGAACAAGCUAACGCCUAAACUAAAUGGAGAAGUUGGUGAUGGGAAGAAUUAUUUAACAGAGGAGAUGAUGCAGCGUUUAAAUGAAAUAACCUCUGAGAAGUUACAGGGUUCUGGAUUGCUUGAUUUAGACUACGUGCUACUGAAGCCACCACCCUCUACACCGGCAACCAGUUCAGUUAAGGUUGAUGCUACUGCUAUUGGUAACGAGCUGAAUGUUGCAGAGAACAAUGGGGAUAAUGUCAUCGCAACAGUAGUUUCAGAGGCAAACCUGGUAAAGAAUAAUGCUGAAUGGGCCGUGGACAGUGAAGCUUCUAGACAUUUCUACGCAAGGAAGGAGUUUUUCAUCGAGUUUAAGGAUGGGGACAAAGGUGAACAUGUGUACAUGGGGAACUCUAGCAAUUCUGAAGUGCUAGGCAAAAGCAAGGUUUUACUCUAG